AUGCUCCGCCGAGGCGCCGCUCUGCUGUUGAAGGCCCGGCCGAAGACCGUUGGCGUGGAGCCGGGCUCGAGGCGCAUGUUGGAUGCCGCGGUGGUGGCGAAGGCAAAGGACAUCUUCGCGGUGCCGGAGUUUCCUGGGAAGCGGGUGCUGCACAACUGGCGCUUCUUUAUAAGGGCUGGGAAGGCGGCGACGGGCCCCCCGGUGGGGCAGGAGUUUUCGAAGCUCGGCCUCAAGGCCAUGGACUUUGCAAAGGCCUUCAACGACCGCACGAAGCCGCACUUCAAGGACGACGUGGAGCUCCUCGUGCGGAUUCAGGUGUUUUUUGACAAGUCGUACCUGUACGCGAUUGAGCCGCCGCCGACGGCCUGGUUCAUCCUGCGCGCGCUACGGAAGAAGCGCCGUGAGACCGGCCCUGUGGCGCUGCGCGGGCACUACUGCGCCCUCAUGACGCUGGAGAUGGCGUACGAGAUUGCGCUGAUGAAGCCGCGGAGUUGGGGAAGGCCGGAGUACCCACUCAUUGAGACACGCGUGCGUCGUGUGGUGGGGCAGGCGCGCCGCAUGGGCGUGUGCUUCAUCGGCGUCGACACGCCGCAGAGUUCCCCGGUGAAGGGGAUGACGGAGCGGCAGUACGCGGAGGAGAGCGAGAAGUACCGCGCGGUGCACAUGCGGCAGUACGUGGCGCUGCGGCAGCAGGAGCUGGAGGAGGCGCCGCUGAUUGAGCGGCUGCACCGCCCCAACUUUGCCCCGCUCACUGAGGCGCAGCUUGAGGAGGGGCUGCGGGACCCCGGCCUCUUCCACGCCCUGUGGCAGGCGAGCCACCCGAAGAGCGCGUACCACAAGGACCUGAGGCAGCGCGAGAUGGCCCGGCGGUACCUGAACGCGAGGGGCUGGGUGAAGGACAUGACGCCGGAGGAGAUGCAACUGGUGUUCAUGAACCACCGCCUCCCCGAGGUGGAGCGCGGCCGCCAGCUGGACGAGGGGAGGAUGGAGGGGCAGGUGUACUGGACGCGAGACGGGGCCCAGUAG